ACUUCAACACCACAUCUUGAAUUACCAAACAAAGGAUUCACAUAGAUAUAAGCCAUGUCAAAGACAGUUUGUGUGACCGGAGCCAGCGGAGCCAUCGGAUCAUGGGUGGUUCGCCUCCUCCUCGAACGAGGCUACACCGUCCAUGCCACCAUCCAAGAUCUUGAGGAUGAAAAUGAGACAAAGCAUUUGGAAGCAAUGGAAGGAGCAAAGACUCGUCUCAAAUUUUUUGAAAUGGAUCUUCUUAACAGUGACUCUAUCGCGGCCGCCGUGAAAGGCUGUGCCGGUGUUAUACACCUGGCAUGUCCUAACAUCAUCGGUGAAGUCAAGGACCCCGAGAAGCAAAUUUUGGAACCGGCAAUUCAAGGAACGGUUAACGUGUUGAAGGUUGCAAAGGAAGCAGGGGUGGAGCGUGUGGUGGCGACGUCGUCGAUCUCCGCCAUCAUACCGAGUCCUAGCUGGCCAGCUGAUAAGAUUAAGGCAGAGGAUUGUUGGACGGACCUUGAAUAUUGCAAGGAAAAGAAGUUAUACUACCCCAUUGCAAAGACACUAGCAGAAAAAGCUGGUUGGGAAUUUGCUAAAGAGACUGGUUUUGAUGUGGUCAUGAUUAACCCUGGUACAGCAUUGGGCCCUUUGAUUCCACCAAGAAUUAACUCAAGCAUGGCUGUACUUGCUGGUGUUCUCAAAGGUGACAAAGAGACAUAUGAGGACUUCUUCAUGGGAAUGGCUCAUUUUAAAGACAUAGCUUUGGCACAUAUUUUGGGAUUUGAGCAAAAGAAAGCAUCUGGAAGGCAUUUGUGUGUGGAAGCUAUUCGUCACUAUAGUGAUUUUGUGAAUUUGGUUGCAGAGUUAUACCCUGAAUAUAAUGUGGCAAAGAUACCAACGGAUACUCAACCUGGAUUGUUGAGAGCAAAGAAUGCAUCAAAGAAGCUGAUUGAAUUAGGGUUAGAGUUCACUCCAGCAGAAGAAAUUAUCAAGGAUGCAGUUGAGUGUUUGAAGAGUAGAGGUUUGGUUUAACUUGAAGAAACCUAUGGGGGCUGAAUACAAUGUGACAUGUGAUGAUGGUUUUCUCAUUGUUCAUGUGAUUCCCUUUUCUAUUUUUAAAUUUAUGUUGUGUGCGUAUAAUUAGCAUGUUAAAUAAAGGUUCACAUGUAUUCAGUCACUAUAACUAUCACAUUUGACUAGAAUUCUUAUAUGUGAAUUCUUGUGGUUUUAUAAGAUUGGACGGUUUAAUCUUCACUACUUAAUUGAAAAUGCAAUUUGUCUA